AUGGCCCCUCCCAAUGUUUUGAUGGUCGGCACCGGCGAAUACACCACCGGCUACGUCGGCGGCAGCGCCUCCAAGUCGGACAAAAAGGUCGGCGUAGUCGGCCUCACGCUCUUCGACCUGCGCCGGCGCGGCAAAGUCGGCGCCCUCAGCAUGGCCGGCGUCUCAGGGUCCAAAUUCCCCGGCAUCCGCGCGCACCUGCACCAAAACAUCAACCAAGUCUACAACAACCUCGACGUCUCCUUCACCUCCUACCCCUCCGACACGCAAUCCGACCCAGACGCCUACAAAGCCGCCAUCGACGCCCUCCCCCAGGGCUCAGCAGUCACGAUCUUCACCCCCGACCCCACCCACUUCGAGAUCGCCCUCUACGCCAUCCAACGCGGCCACCACGUCCUGGUCACCAAGCCCGCCACCCAGUCCCUCGCGCACCACCGCCAGCUCGUCGAUGCCGCGCGCGCACACAACGUCUUCGUCUUCGUCGAGCACCACAAGCGCUUCGACCCCGCUUACUCCGACGCCCGCGCUCGCGCCGCCACCCUCGGCGACUUCAACUACUUCUACAGCUACAUGAGCCAGCCCAAGGCUCAGCUCGAGACGUUCCGCGCUUGGGCAGGCACCCAGAGCGAUAUCUCCUACUACCUGAACUCACACCACGUCGAUAUCUGCCACAGCAUGGUCCCUGGAUAUGUGCCCGUCCGCGUCACGGCGUCUGCCUCGUCCGGCGUCGCUGUCGACUUGGGAUGCGCCCCGCAGACGGAGGACACUAUCACCUUGCUCGUCGACUGGAAGAAGAUAGAGGACGCUGCCCGCUCUGCCACCGCUGUUUAUACGGCUAGUUGGACGGCGCCGCAGCGGGCGGGUGUGCAUUCGAAUCAGUAUUUCCAUUACAUGGGCUCCAAAGGCGAAAUCCGCAUCAACCAAGCCAAACGCGGCUACGACGUCACCGAAGACGAGCAGGGCCUGAACUGGGUGAAUCCGUUCUACAUGAAAUACGCCCCCGACGAAGAAGGCAACUUCGGCGGCCAAACCGGCUACGGCUACAUCAGUUUCGAGAAGUUCAUCGACGCGGUGACGGCGCUCAAUGAGGGCCGGGUGACGCUCGAUCAGCUGGACGCGAGGCCGCUUCCCACGCUGAAGAAUACGGUGGCUACGACGGCGAUCUUGGAGGCGGGGAGGAGGUCGUUGGAUGAGGGGGGGAGGUCGGUGCAGAUUGUGGGUGGGGAGAGUGGGGAGUGGGAGUUGGUGUAG